ACUGUCACUGUAGCCAGGAUCGUGAGUUACUGCUUCAGUGCAACAACAAAAGAAAAAGAAAAAGAAAAAGAAGAAGAAGAAGAAGAAGAAGCAUCAGCUCAGUUACCAUCCAUCCUUCUCGUGUUGGGUCCAGUUUGUCCGACACGAUCGGAACCAGCAGUACCAGUAGCGGCAGCAGGGUGAACAUCCACCCCACCCACCCCCGGACGGACAGGCGGAGGGAGGCUGAGCGCUCAGAGGAGGAGGUCUUCCCUGCUGGCUGCGGGGCUUUUUUGCGUAACAUCCAGAUAGGAAGCGGACUGCUCUCUGCCGCCAGUCUUCCAGCAGCCUGGCUUUGUGAAGAACCGCGCAGCAGAGACACGGAUCUACCACGGGAGCUCGGGGGAGGAAUCGCCGAGGCCUGUGCUGCAAGUCUGCGCAGAGCUUUCUGCCCCUCAGCAUGAAGGCACCACGCGGAAUAUCCAUGAGCUCAGAUUUCCCACACUACAGUUUCAGGAUGCCAAAUAUAGGGUUCCAGAACCUUCCCCUUAAUAUCUACAUUGUGGUGUUUGGCACGGCCAUCUUUGUCUUCAUCCUCAGCCUCCUCUUCUGCUGCUACCUGAUCAGGUUACGGCACCAGGCCCACAAAGAGCUAUAUGCAUACAAACAAGUUAUUCAGAAGGAAAAGGUCAAAGAGCUAAACUUGCAUGAGAUAUGUGCGGUGUGCUUGGAGGAGUUCAAACAGAAAGACGAGCUGGGGAUCUGUCCCUGCAAACAUGCCUUUCAUCGGAAGUGCCUGAUCAAGUGGCUGGAGGUGAGGAAAGUGUGCCCGCUGUGCAACAUGCCCGUCUUGCAGCUCGCCCAGCAGGCCGGCACCACGGAGCCCCCCGUGCCGGUCCAGCAGCCCCUGCCCGGCGCCGAGAACCUGGUGUAGCGGACGCGGGUGCCCUCUGGGAGAGAGUGCCCGGCGCAGAAACCCCAAACCCCGGCGCUCACGCCCUCACCGUAAACAGGUACACUCCGGUGCGAGUGUGGGAACUGACAGAAAACUGGAGCAACCGCGAAGAAACUCACCAGCUGCGAGUCCGCAGCCGUCCUCACCUCCUUUUUACCUUUUGCGUCGGUUACAAAAACAGGAUUUCCUUAACUUCAGCACUGAUUGGCUGAUAAUCAGCUGUUCUCUUUUUAUUUCGUUUUAUUAUUUUUUUUUACUUCGUGGACAAUGAAGACGAUCUCGAAGAAGUCUCCUUUCGUCACUUUUUUUUUUUUUUUUUUUUGCAACCAAAGCGCUUUUCUGGAGGGCACCAGCAAAAGACGGGGAAGAAGAAAACGCAAAUGCCAAGAACUUCACGACACUAAGAUACAGUUUUUGCUUUUUGUUUCCUUUUUAAAAAGCACUUUAUGAGAAGGCUAAUCUUUAUUGCUUUAGGCCUGAGGUCAUGUGUUAUAGUUUAUUUUUCUUCAUUUCUGUGUAUAAAUUAGAUCAGCAGGUAUUAAAACGUUGCAAACAUACAUAUAUCUCAAAGGGGCAAUAACUAGAACAGUUUUGUCUGCUUAAAUGUGAACAUUUGCUUGUGUUACCCAUCAUCAGCCAGGCGUUAUUCUCACAAAUCGCUCUUUUUCUUUCUGUAGCCAAGUCAUCGGAUUAAGGUUCAUAUAGUCCACAGAGGUGGGAAAGUGGCUUCCCAGAUCCACGGAUCACUUUCCCAAACACAUCCGACCCGAAUGAAAUCCUCCCUUAAAAUGUGCUUCAGCUGCGUUUUUUUUUUAUAUAUAUAUAAUUUUUUUCUCUCGCCACAGAGGUCUAUUUAUUGUUACUUCUUCGUUGUUGUUUUGUUUUUUUUCUAUUUAUCAUCAUUUUUGACCUUAUCUUUUUGGUACUGCUGCAUUUAGGAGAACAGGUCAGCGAACUGGCACCAGCACCACGAGGACUGCCCUCCGCGUCGUAAUCAGCACGUCCUUUUAGCCGACGCGCACACAGGGGGGAGCAGCUAGAGCUGACCCCCAACACCCCCCCCCCCCCCCACCUUUUCUCUCAGCUACACUGCCAUAGUCAGCGGUCAGCAGGUUGGAGUGAAACAGCGUUUUCAUUCAUGCAAACACACAACGCAGUUUAUCCCCUCUGUUUUUUCUUCUCUCUGCAGUAUUCUGGUGCUUUCUCCCCCUCCUCCUCUUUCUGUAUCGGUACAACUUGCUUUUGUUUCGUGCCACACGUACUUCAGCUCAGAGCUGUCCUUUUGUGCAUACCCCCCCGCCCCCCCUUACUCUUGUUAGCUGCAUUUUGUGAAUUAAUUGAAAGGCCUUACUGUGCUCUCCCCCCUACCACCACCAGUAGCAUCAGUGGGAUAAAAUGGCUCACAGAGGUGUGUGAGGGACAUGUUUUGCGGUUCUGGCUCGGUUAUCUGUGGGAUUCAGGUCAUUCGGCGAGAAUGUAAUGAUAGCGGUUUUCGCUGAUAGCGCUUACAGGAUGGCAUAAUCAGCCCCAAGAUGAUGUUUUUUUUAUUUCUGCACCCUUCAAAUCUGAUGCUAAUCAUACAGGACGCUGUACGUACUGUGAGGAAAACAAACGAUGCGUCCCGUAUCGUGUGGUUAUCUAUUAUUAGGCCACGGCCGAGUCGGGUUAUCUGUUUCUCAGAAAUUCCCACUCGCUAACAUUUCAUUCCCAUACCCUAGCAAUUUGUGGUCAUGACUGAAUUAUGUCUUGUGCAUGCCUGAGUUAGGGGGGGGAGGGGGAUUUUUUCCCACCAAUGUUACUGGGAACGCUCCCCAGCGACUAACCUAAGAUAAGGCUGUCAAACGUUAUGUCAAAAGGCGCAGAUCUGUGUCAUUUCAAUGGAAGAGAGGAUUAUUCUUCCACCACAUCAGCUUCUUAUAAUUAGCAUUAGCGCUGUACUGCUAUCGGAUUUCAUAGCAAGUGUGGCCUGGGUUGGUAUUCAGCCCCAUCGGGUUCGGUCAUCUGCAGAACCGCCCUUCUCACUACAAGUCAUGGGGGGGGGGCAUCAUCUAAAAAAGGUGUUCGUUGUUGUUUUGUUGGUCGACUCUUCACUGCAAAAUCAGUCCGAUUAUAUGCCGAGCUUUGGGCUUUGACUAGGCCAUUCUGUUUGGGUUCAUCGCUCUGCUGGAGUCUUUAUUUAUUUAUUUCGCUAAACCGGGUUUUCCUCCACUGUUUCCAGCAUUUAGCUCCAUCCACCUUCUCAUCAAAAAGCUCCCCCUGUUCGCGCUGUAGAACGGCAUUCCCACGUCAUGAUGCCGCCACUGCCGUGUUUUAAUGUGAAGGUUACUUUCCCAACUUGCAUUGCGUGUUGAUGAGUUUAAAAAAAAAUAAAAAAAAAGUUCUGUGUUGGUUCUUAUCCCACCAACACUGUUUAGCUAUUUUCUAGCAUCUUCCUUCCACUAAUGAAUAACAUCCCAAUCAAACUUUAAACUCCCAACAUCCUCUUGAAUGAUGUCGGGCAUCGAUUCGAAUCGUCAAGAUAUCCCUCCUAAAAAAUCCUCGAUGGUGUCUUUAACAUCAUCUUGGUUCUGUUUUCUUUUCCUACCCAUCUGUGCUCUUUUUGCGCGUUCGCCACACACAGGAAUCCUUUCAAGAAGUUUUGACACUGUUAACACUAAAUUCACUGAGAAUUGUUGUAGCCGCGUGAGCCUUGGUCGACCCAAGUCUGAUGCAUUAAUGGAGGAAGGUGUGCUGCCAGGCCUCCUUUCCGCUCGGCGUGACGUGUUGAGGGUCAGAGGGGGCCGGGGGGGCUGUCAGUGAUGCAGCACGAGGGGAGCAGAGCUUCCACUCUUCCCACUGUCCAUGCAGCCUCCAUCCUAACAAGUCAAGUCUUAACGCUCUGUUUACUGAUCUGUCUCUGAAUCUCGCACGAGAAGGAAAUGUUUACUGUGAACACAAUGCUGCUUUCUCUCACCUUUUGCUCUACGCGGGGCGUUAUUAUCACGUGUUUCUACACGAGGCCACAGGAAAAGCGCCCCCUUCACCCAAAACCCCCACGGCGGCCGACCCCGGCUGCCGUCUCCUGCCAUCCCUCCUGUCGUCUCGUUUCUGGACACUUUUCCCACCGCACAAAGCAUCCUUGUUUUUGUUUUUUUCCUCCCGUCCGCCCGUUCCCCCCGUUCGCACUGACGGCGCAAAACUCGACAUGAAACGUUGGGAAAUAAAGCUUUAGCUAACGAGGAAAGAGAGGUUCUGUGUUGGAGAGGUGAAAGCAGAGAGUGUUCGUUUGAUGCCAGGAAAAGAAUGUGUCUGAGUGCAGUAAAAAAAAGAAAGAAAAAGAAAGAAAAAACAGUCUUCCCACUGCUGAAGUCAUCCCUGACGUCAGCGUUGCCUCUGACCGGGCUGUUAUAAAUAGACACCCGGUCGGGAACACCGCUAGACAUGAAAAAUUUACUGCUAACCAGAGAGAAAAAAAAAGGGACUUAAUGAUCACGACACACUGUAUUAUGGCAGAUAGUAUUCACUUGACAAAAAAAAAAAAAA